AUGGAGCAACAAGGAAACAAACAGAUCCCCUACGGCAGCAUCCACUCGUACCAGCCGCCGAGCCAGAUGGCUGGGCCCACGCCCGCCGGGCCGGGCCAGGCCCAGAUGGCGUACCAGCACAUCCACAACCAGCAGCAACAGCAGCUCCAACAGCAGCUUCAGUCCUUCUGGGCGGCCCAAUACGAGGAGAUCGACCAGGUGGCCGAUUUCAAGAACCACAGCCUUCCCCUCGCCCGGAUCAAGAAGAUCAUGAAGGCCGACGAGGACGUGCGCAUGAUCUCGGCCGAGGCCCCCGUCAUCUUUGCCCGUGCGUGCGAGAUGUUCAUCCUCGAGCUGACCCUACGCUCGUGGAGCAACACGGAGGAGAACAAGCGGCGAACCCUUCAGAAGAAUGACAUAGCAGCUGCAAUCACGAGAACCGACAUAUUCGACUUCUUAGUGGAUAUAGUGCCGAGGGAGGAUUUGAAGGAAGAAGUGCUCGGCUCCCCGCCGGUAGGGAGAGUCGGGACUGAGGGGGUGCCGUAUUAUUACAUGGCGGGGCAGCAGGCAGCCGGGUCGGGGGUUUACGGGUAUCACGUGGAUCAUCAACAGAUGUGGGGUCAUCAACAGCAGCCGCAGCCGGAGGAUUCCUGA